UUAAGUCCCAGGUUCUCUCUCUCUCUCUCGCAGAGAGUUCACGAUCCAGCGAGUGCGAAGCCCCAUUCGAUCCAUUGACGCGUCGUCGGCGAUCAACCGGAGGACGAUGAUCGACGCCGGCGCCGAAGACGAAGAGAAAUGGCUGGCCGAAGGCAUCGCCGGCAUCCAGCACAACGCGUUCUUCAUGCAUCGUGCUCUGGAUUCGAACAAUUUGAAGGAUGCGCUCAAGUUCUCCGCCCAGAUGCUCUCCGAGCUCCGCACCUCCCGGCUCUCUCCCCACAAGUAUUACGAGCUAUAUAUGCGGGCGUUUGACGAGCUGAGGAAGGUGGAGAUGUUCUUCAAGGAGGAGACUAAGCGGGGCUGUUCCGUGAUUGAUCUGUAUGAGCUUGUACAGCAUGCUGGGAACAUCUUGCCCAGGCUGUACCUUCUUUGCACAGUGGGAUCUGUAUAUAUAAAAUCGAAAGAAGCCCCUUCGAAAGAUGUCCUGAAAGACCUUGUAGAAAUGUGUCGGGGCAUUCAACAUCCUGUUCGCGGACUUUUCUUAAGGAGCUACCUCUCUCAAAUCAGCCGGGACCAGUUGCUUGAAAUUGGUUUGCAGGAUGAGGGGGACGCUGAAAAUGUUAAUGAUGCUGUUGAAUUUGUGCUUCAGAAUUUCACAGAAAUGAAUAAGCUCUGGGUUCGAAUGCAGCAUCAGGGACCUGCACGGGAAAGGGAGAAACGUGAGAAAGAAAGGAGCGAACUUCGAGAUCUUGUUGGAAAAAAUCUUCAUGUUCUCAGCCAGAUUGAUGGUGUUGAUCUUGAUAUGUACAAAGAUAUUGUUCUUCCUAGGGUAUUGGAGCAGAUUGUCAAUUGUAAAGAUGAGCUGGCUCAAUAUUACUUGAUGGAUUGUAUAAUUCAAGUCUUUCCGGAUGAAUACCACUUGCAGACUCUUGAAACAUUGUUAGGGGCAUGCCCUCAGCUUCAGCCAACUGUUGACAUUAAGACGGUAUUGUCCCAGCUUAUGGACAGAUUAUCAAAUUAUGCUGCCUCAAGCCCAGAAGUGUUGCCAGAAUUUUUGCAAGUUGAAGCAUUUGCUAAAUUGAGCAAUGCCAUAGGAAAGGUCAUAGAAGCCAAUGCUGAUAUGCCAGUUGUUGGAGCUAUAACUUUAUAUGUGUCCCUUCUCACAUUUACUCUCCGCGUCCAUCCAGAUAGGCUUGAUUAUGUGGAUCAAGUGCUUGGGGCUUGUGUUAGGAAACUUUCGGGCAAAGCCAAGCUUGAGGAUAGUAGAGCGACAAAACAAAUUGUUGCCCUUUUAAGUGCACCCUUGGAGAAGUAUAAUGAUAUUGUCACUGCAUUAAAUCUUUCUAACUACCCCCGAGUAAUGGAUCAUCUUGAUAAUGCCACAAAUAAAGUCAUGGCAGUGGUUAUUAUUCAGAGCAUCAUGAAAAAUGCCACUUGCAUAUCUACUUCUGAUAAGGUGGAAGCUCUAUUUGAGUUGAUAAAAGGGCUUAUAAAGGAUGUGGAUGGGUCGGCAGAAGAUGAGCUUGAUGAAGAGGAUUUCAAAGAAGAGCAAAAUUCUGUAGCUCGUCUAAUUCAUAUGUUGUAUAAUGAUGAUCCUGAAGAGAUGCUACAGAUUAUAUGUACCGUGAGGAAACAUAUUCUUCUUGGGGGUCCAAAACGGCUUCCAUUCACUGUACCAUCUCUUGCAUUUUCUGCUCUCAAGUUGGUCCGGCGCUUGCAAGGUCAGGAUGGAGAUGUGGCUAGUGAAGAGGAGCCUGCAACACCAAAAAAGAUCUUUCAGAUAUUACAUCAGAUUAUUGAGGCGUUAUCAUCUGUUCCUUCACCAGAAUUGGCCCUGAGACUCUACUUGCAAUGUGCAGAGGCUGCUAAUGAUUGUGAUCUUGAACCAGUUGCAUAUGAAUUUUUCACUCAAGCAUUUAUACUAUAUGAAGAAGAAGUAGCAGAUUCGAAAGCACAGGUGACUGCAAUCCACUUAAUCAUUGGUACUCUCCAGAGGAUGAAUAUUUUUGGUGUUGAGAAUCGAGAUACACUAACACAUAAAGCCACUGGGUACUCCGCAAAAUUACUAAAGAAGCCUGACCAGUGCAGAGCAGUUUAUGCUUGUUCUCACCUUUUCUGGGUUGAAGAUCAGGAUGGCAUCAAAGAUGGGGAAAGGGUCCUCCUCUGCCUGAAACGGGCUUUGCGGAUUGCAAAUGCUGCUCAACAGAUGGCUAACGUAACACGUGGCAGCAGCGGACCGGUCACAUUGUUUGUCGAAAUCCUUAACAAGUAUCUAUAUUUCUUCGAGAAAGGGAACCCCCAGAUCACAACCGCUGCCAUCCAAGGUCUGAUCGAAUUGAUCACAACUGAAAUGCAAAGUGAAAAUGCAACAACAGACCCAGCAGCAGAUGCUUUCUUUGCCAGCACUCUUCGGUACAUUCAGCUCCAGAAGGAGAAAGGCGGGACGAUUGGUGAAAAAUAUGAACCAAUAAAAGUAUAGUAUCUCAUAAUUCGGGCGAAAAGCAUAUAUCAUUAGUUUCAGGAGAAUGGAAGACUUGCACCAUGAACUCUUCUCUUUCAUCCAAUUCAAAUAAACCAUUGUAAAUGAGCUAUCAUCUAUCACUUGUAAUCUCCAAGUGUAUUGCAUUCACUUAAUAGGUUGUCAGAAAAAAGAGCCCAUCAUCUUUGGAAGUUUUGAUAACAGUUUGUUAGAUUGAGACCAUUUAGCAGUCAUGUGAUUUGUGUCACCGUUUGUAUUUUUCCACUCUGGUUUCUGUUAACACUUUAAAAAAAAAAAAGAUUUUCAUUA